UCUCAUUCUAUUGGAGGAGGUCGUCUUGACAAAUAUGCAUGUAAGAAAGCGAAUUGCAAAGACAACAUUUAUAUUGAUAGACAGAGUAAAAGUCGGCAUCUCUGCCUUGGUAUUUCUUCCUGAAUAUUUUGAAGCCGAUUUUCUCGCGUUGUUGGAGCUGUAUGCUUGAAGGAGCAAUCACGAUGAAGUUACUGGUGAAACCAAAGCCUUCCUCAAUGCUUUUGAUGAUUCUGACGCUGUGGCUUUCCAGCAGCCACUUUGUUGCCCAGGAAGAACCAAAAGGAGCUUCAAGUUGUUGCAUUGCGUGCUUCCAAGGACCAGCUGGAACACCUGGCGUUCCUGGGAUUCCUGGAAAUCCGGGAGGGCAAGGACCUCUUGGCCCUAAAGGUGAGCCCGGCAUUGGCUUGGCUGGACCCAAGGGGGAGACCGGCGAGGAAGGACUGAAGGGAGACCAGGGUGAACCAGGGAAACAGGGUCCCCCAGGGAAGCUGGGACCUUCAGCUCAGAAGGGAGACGUCGGUGAGGGGCAGAAAGGUGACCAGGGGGAGUCAGGAGUCCAGGGGGCUCCUGGCCAAAAGGGGCAAAAGGGUCAGGCAGGUGAUGCUACCCUGGUUACACCCUCACCGCCCUCUGUUGUUGCAUUCAGCGCUUACCGCACAUCCGGUGUCGCAGGCAACGAAGGCGAUGCCGUCAUCUUUGACAACAUCGAAACGAAUCUCGGAGAUGGAUAUAGUUCACAAUCGGGUGUGUUCACUUGCUCGGUACCUGGUGCCUAUUUUUUAACUAUUAGUUGUUUAAGCUUUCGAGUAGGCGUACGACUUAAUGUGAGGUUAAAAAAGAACGGAGAGGUUAUUUUUUCAUUGUAUGAUAGUCAUUCAGGUUAUCAUCAUCAGGCCAGCAAUUCAGCAGUCCUUGUUUUGGCCUCAGGUGACAGAGUCUGGAUUGAGUUUGGUGGUGACAGAAGUGGUAUUCAUAGUGAUGUCAACAGAAAGGCAUAUUUCUCAGGCUUUCUAAUAAAUGCAGUGUAGCGCACUGGUGAACAGACGCAUGAUCAUUUCUUUCAAGGCAGACUUACCUGGCUAUUAUUCAUAGAUAAAGUAAGUCAUGAUUUUCAGCAGUUUUUAUAAAAAUUAUUUAUUGUAAAUCUCGUAGUAAACACAUGUCAAAGAAACCUAUCAAACUUUUUGUCAGAUUUGGGUAGAGGGGUAUGGAAAGAGUCUAGGACCCUCCAUUUACCCUAUAAGCAGUGCUGCAGUCGAGUCCUCUCCCGAGUAGCUCCACAAGUCCAGUAUCAGUAGCAAUAAUAAGUAAUGAUUUGAACAUUAUUAUAGCUAUUUAAAUGAAGUGUUACAAAAGCCUUCCUACAACGUAGGAAGGCUUUUGUAACACUUCAUUUAAAUAGCUUGCGAUUUAACCUAAGACGGAAUAAUUUGAACUCGAUUGGUGAUGGACUAAAAGAAACCUGUCAGGGCAGUUUGACAGACCGGACAACAAUGUUGUUUAAUCAAGGGCCACACAAACCUAUGAACGUCUAUUUUGCUUGACACUUUUACAUCAAAAAAGUAACAAGUUUCCUAAAAUCAAUGGUAUAAUUUUCGGUUUGCAUUAUAUGAGUCAUUUGAUAAGCAAAAACACGCCCACGGCCACCGGCAUUUGGUAAACAGAGGGUUUCUGUGCAAGACAUGUCUUACCAAAUGAGCACCAAUUGUCAAGCAGCGUCUCAUCCAUGCAAUCUUGUGAUUUUCUGCUGCUCCUUGGAGUCAUUUACUCUGGUUUCGAUCUAAGUAUUUAAUAUACUUUGCAUAGUUGCGUCUAGACACCCGUUUCAUUAAUUAAGAAACGUAUUUCACCAGUCUAUCCCAUAAAAAGUAAGUUUGGAAAAAUCAAAAUUAAACUAAUUUUGAUAUCUUGAAACAUUGCAGUUGACUAGUCCUUUUUUUUUUUAAAUAAGAGAGGUAAUUUAAAAUGUAACGAUCUGUUUUGUUGUCUGGACGCUUUCCCUAAGUAUUAUGGUGAAAUUAAAACGUCAGGUGGCUGUGAAUAGUUUCAAGCAUUAAUUAACCCAUAUAUGAAAGUUUUACAUUUCAAUCAAAAGUAUUAAAGCUACUUAUGUAUAAUGUAAACAUGUGUAGGAUCUACACUGAUGUUGGAUCUGUGAGCAGGUUUACAAUUUUUUUUGCGUCCUGACAUAAUUAUUUUAAACAAUAAAGAAACCAAAACAGAACGGCACAUAGAGUUCAUGUACCUAAUAGGGAAAGCGAGAAAGAAGGAAGAAAAUCAAGGCCAUGACGUCGUUUCGCCUUGUGCUUGCUAGCAAACAGAUAUCACAAACAGCAAACAGCUGAUGAAAAGCGACUUAUGUGUCUCAGUAGACAGUUUUGGAGGCAUGCCCAAUAUGGGCCAUUCACAAUGCGGUGGGCCACCAGGAGUUUGCCAAUGGAAGGCCGUUUUUCAUUUUUCGAUCGACAUAAACAUGGUAGUCUAUCCCGAUAAAGUGUACGUCAAUACCUAACAUGGGGAAUUUGGGUGAUGUGAGCACUUUGUAUAACGUAAAACACCCCUUGGUAAGUGUAACUCAUACCAAAUAAACCAUUUCAAAGUUUUAA